AUGUCUGCCCCGUCGGUGGUUUCCUCCGUCGAGGCGUACGCCAAGGCGCUGCUGCACUGCCAGAAGUACCCCACCCAGGCGGUCUCCGGCUUUCUGCUCGGGAAGCGCCUCACGGAGAGCGGCGCCAGCGACAGCGUGUUUGUCGCCGACGCCGUGCCGCUGUUCCACACCAUCAUGAUGACCCACCCGCACCCCAUGCUCAGCGUCGCCCACGCGCAGGUCUCCAGCUACGCCCGGACAAAGGGGCUGGUGCUCCUCGGCUACUACGUCGCCAACGAGCGUGCCGGCGACAGCAGCGUCUCGCCGCUCACUACAAACGUGCUGCGCAUGCUGCAGGACAAAAGCUCUACCGGAAACAGCCCGCUGCUGUGGACCAUCGUUAGCGCGAACCCCGUGGAAGGGGUGGGGGUGCACCUCUCCUACUACACGGGUGGAGGCAAGUGCGUCUCCGCGCCGGAGAUGACCUUCGGCCGGUGGAACUCGGACACGCUCACCUGCGAAGCGACAACCAGCAGCACGGAGGCGGUGGAAGUCUUUGAAAACGCUGUGGACGCGUUUAAGCAGUUUCAGCUUGUGGACUUCGAGGACCACCUGGAGCGGGUGCAGCUCAACUACCUUGAACAGGCCGUUCAGGUGUAG